AUGGUAGAAUCGAGGACGGUCUACCCAAACUUUUGGAGAGUUAUCAACCUGAUUCACAUUCUAUUGAUAUUGGCCCAUUGGUUCGGGUGUUUCUAUUAUCUGUUGUCCGAAGCGGAAGGAUUCAAAGGCGAUUGGGUGUACCCGUACAAGCCGGGUGACUAUGCGACGUUGACWAGAAAAUAUUUGGGAUCGUUGUACUGGUCAACUCUGACGCUGACCACCAUCGGCGAUCUACCCACACCAGAAACCAACGCUGAGUAUGUUUUCACCAUCGUCAGCUACUUGAUCGGAGUCUUCAUAUUCGCCACCAUCGUCGGGCAGGUGGGCAACGUGAUAACGAACAGAAACGCAAACCGAUUAGAGUUUGAACGGCUGUUGGACGGUGCCAAGCUGUAUAUGCGACAUCAUAAAGUGCCUAGUGGCAUGAAAAAAAGAGUGCUCAGAUGGUACGACUACUCGUGGUCCAGGGGACGUAUUCAAGGAGGCGGCGAUAUAAAUACGGCACUGGGUCUUCUUCCGGACAAAUUGAAAACCGAACUGGCGUUGCACGUCAAUCUGGCGGUUUUGAAAAAAGUUACAAUAUUUCAAGAAUGCCAACCCGAAUUCCUACAUGAUUUAGUUCUCAAAAUGAAAGCUUACAUAUUUACACCYGGGGAUUUAAUAUGUCGGAAAGGAGAGGUAGCCAGAGAGAUGUUUAUCAUAGCAGACGGAAUUUUAGAAGUUAUUAGUAGUGAAACCGGACAUGUUUUGACGAUAAUGAAAGCUGGCGAUUUCUUUGGAGAAAUAGGAAUACUCAACUUGGAUGGAUUUAAUAAGAGAACUGCUGAUGUACGAUCAGUUGGAUAUUCAGAAUUAUUCAGUUUAUCUCGUGAAGAUGUUCUUGCCGCCAUGAAAGACUACCCCGAAGCACAAGAUAUUCUUCAAACACUCGGUAGAAAGCGUUUGAUGGAAGCAAGGAACGCAAAUAAAAUUGUUGCAGAUCGCAUAAAAUCUCGGGCUGAAGCUGCAGAAAACUGUAGUGGAAUCGUGGAAAAAAUUCGUUGUGAUGUCAAAGGACUUCGAAAUGCAUUUUCAAAAGGACGCCGAGGCACUAGGUGA